AUGGCCAAGGUUCCUUCCCUGCUCUCCAUCCGACCCCGAUCCCUGUCCUCAAAAGUCUUUUUAAUUGGUGCUAUCGUCACCUUCGCGAUCACACUAUACACAUUUUCUUCUUCAUACUCUUUUCGCAUAUCAGACUGGUCUUCAAUAUUCUCACAGCAGCGACAGCGUAGUCCAUGCGCUCCAGAACAGUGGUCGAACGGGCGUUGGGUAUAUAGCCCGACGUCUGAUUUAGUGAAUUUAACGCGUCCAGAACAGGCGCUUUCCUUGGCCGGCUUUGAGGGUUGUGCUGCAGAUCGUGAAUACCACUGGCAUUUGGGCACAGACCACGAGGAACAAUGGGAUAGAUUUCCCAAGGUCUCUUCAUACAGAUGGUUGCCUUCGAGCCAGUGUGACGUGCGCCCUCUCAAUGGUGCAGCGAUAGUCAAGGACAUGGUGGAGAAUGGAGGGUGGCUUUUACUGGGCGACUCGAUAACGGAAAACCAUUUCUUUUCGCUGUCGUGUCUGUUAUACCCGCACGUCCGUGCAACCCCAAAUUACACAGAAAAUCCUUACUUUGACCGUGCAUGGCAGCAACAUUUAUACCUGUCGCCGUCGUCCCCCAUAAUACCCGAAAUCACCAUGCCGGAGGGCUUCUCAAUCGAGAACACACCACUCGUUUCAUUCCGACGUGUUGACCUGCUUCUUGACGGAACAGAAUUAAACACAUUAUAUCACAGUUCAGCAUUUUCUGUUGAACCCACCGACUUGGACAACCAAAAUCUCGGUUCUGAAUACACCAAGGCAGAGUCCGUAUUCGGCGACGAGGCAUUUUGGUCGCUUUCCCCAUCAGAAUAUAUGCCCACAUUCCUAGAUUCACCUCCAGAUGCCAACUAUGGCACGCUAGUUGUGAGUACUGCCGGACACUGGACAACAACCGCAUUCAGUGCAUUCCGCGACGAGGACGCUGGAGAGGAUGCAGGUUAUGGCAUCCAUAAUGUACUUGCGUUCUUCAAGGUUGCGAUGCGGGCUUGGGCAAGUGAAGUGCAGGACGCCAUCACACAAUACCGUAUAAAUGGUGGCAGACGUCCAAAACAGGUAGUUGUCAGAGCGUAUCUGCCUGGUCAUGAGAAUUGCCGUAACAUCUUCGAGCCCACGGAGACAAUCACCCCAUGGGCCAAUACGUGGUAUAAUUGGCCAUGGAUUCCGGACUUCAACACAAAAUUCCAGGAACUGCUGUCAUCAUCUGAGUUCCCGGACAUUCACUAUCUUCCGAUUGAGAGACCGGGACGGCUGCGCCCUGAUGCUCAUGCCGCGGGAGAUUGUUUGCAUCUCAUAUCAGGUACUGGCGUUCUCGAGGGAUGGUCGCACUACAUCUGGCAUUUUGUCACACGCGAACUCAGGCAGAAGAUUUGA